AUUGUGCAUGCCACAGGCGUGUAUCGUGCUCAUAGUCCUCACUGCUACCCAGGCACAUAGCUUGAUCGCACAUUACACGUGUCAACCAGCAAAAGGCCAAGAAAUGCUCCUGCACAACACCGCUCGCGCUGCGUGCGCUUCCAAGCGCCAGGCACGCGCCUUUAUGGCAACUCAGACCCCCCGCAGCAGCGGCCCCCAACGGCGCGUGUCGGCCAUCGCGAUGGCAGCGUCGCGCUGCCCCACUUUGGCCGCCCGCCCCCAGCCCUCGCUCCUCCGUCGGGCGGCCCAGCCCGGUCGCCGCGCGGCAGUGCCGGUCCGCGCUCAGGCGGCGCCCCUGAUCGAUGCCGCGCCCGGCAAGACAACUCUGGGCUUUAUUGGCAUCGGUAUCAUGGGCCUCGCAAUGACUCGCAACCUGCUGAAGGCCGGCUACCAAGUGGUGGUGUGGAACCGCAACCCCGACAAGUGCGCAGCGCUGGCGGCGGAGGGGGCCAAGGUUGCCUCCACCCCCCAGGAGGUGGCGGCCGCCGCCACCUACACCUUCGCCAUGCUGUCCGACCCAGAGGCGGCGCUGGAUGUGGCCAACAGGCCGGACGGCGUGGCGGCGGGCAUGGCCCCCGGCAAGGGCUAUGUGGACGUGUCCACAGUGGACGCCGCCACCUCGCAGGCGGUGGCGGCGGCGGUGCGGGCGCGCGGCGGCGCCUUCCUGGAGGCGCCCGUGAGCGGCAGCAAGGGGCCGGCGGAGCAGGGCAAACUCAUCUUCCUCACUGCGGGCGACCAGGCUCUGUUCAACGCUGUGUCCGGCCCCCUGGACGCCAUGGGCAAGGCCAAGUUCUUCCUGGGGGCGGAGGGCGCCGGAGCCAACAUGAAGCUGGUGGUCAACAUGGUGAUGGGCAGCAUGAUGACGGCCUUCGCGGAGGGCCUGGCGCUGGCGGACAAGGUGGGCCUGCGGCAGCAGGACGUAAUCGAUGUGGUGGGGCUGGGCGCCAUCGCCGCGCCCAUGUUCGCGCUCAAGGGCCCCGCCAUGGCGGCGCGCGCCUACGCCCCCGCCUUCCCGCUCAAGCACCAGCAGAAGGACAUGCGGCUGGCGCUGGCGCUGGGGGAUGAGGUGGGCCAGCCGCUGCCGCUGGCCGCCGCCUCCAAUGCGCAGUACAUCGCGGCGCGGCGGCAGGGGCUGGGUGAUGCCGACUUCAGCGCGGUGAUGGAGGCGGUGCUGGGGCAGGCCGCGGCGGAGGCGACGGAGGCGCACAACAAGGCUGCCAAGUAGAGGAGCGGCUGCAGGCUGGCAGGGGCGCGCCGGCGGGUCAGCAGGCAGGGACAGGGGCACGGGGAGUACGGUGUGGGCGUGUGUCGCGGUAGAGGCAUUGGAGGAGGCAGCAUGCCUUGGGUGCUGGAGGGGAAGGCCGGAUCUAGCUAGGUAUUGUUUCUGUGGAGUGGCGUCCAGCAUGCGUGCGGGUGUGAAAGGGCUCGGAGCACGGGCGCCGCUGAGAACUUAGUCGGCAGGUGCACGGUGCUGGCCAGGGGAGUGUUGGCGGCUUCGCGUAUUCUGAGGCAGAAGCGAAUUAGUUUACUUUGCUGGGUGGGGAACGCAUCCACCAGACUGCAUGUGCGUGUGUGUGUGUUACCCUUGUAAACUUCCAAGAGU